AUGGGGUCGAAAGCGAGGAUAGGCUUUGGUUCUCUCCACUAUGUUCUCUUGGCACUCUUUGUGGCCCCCUCGCAGGGCGUGAUAGUGGGGGGUGGAGGGAGCGCGUGCAACCUGUUCAAAGGGAGCUGGGUGUGGGAUGAGUCAUACCCUCUCUACGACUCGGCGAGUUGUUCAUUAGUUAUGGAUAGCAAUUUCGAUUGCCAGAAGAAUGGCCGGCCCGAUAAAGACUACCUCAAGUACAGGUGGAAGCCCGAUGGCUGUGAGCCCCCAAGAUUCGAUGGCAAGAAUUUCUUGGAGAGAAUGAGAGGGAAGACAAUAAUGUUCGUGGGGGAUUCAAUAAGUCUGAAUCAGCGGGACUCGCUCCUCUGCUUGCUACGUGCGGCAGCACCCAAUGCCCAGUUUACCAGGUUAUAUAAAAACCCGGUCAGUAGUUACAGAAUUGAGGACUACAACAUCACGGUGUCACGUUGCCUGGCACAGUAUUUAGUGGACAUUGUCCCUAUGAAGAUAGGGAACGUCAUGAUGCUCGACUCAGUGCAACGAAAUGGGCAAGUCUGGCUUGGAGCAGAUGUUCUCAUCUUCAACUCGUUCCUUUGGUGGAACCGCACCAAUCCCGGCCGACCAUGGGAUUAUAUUCAAGGAGGCAACCAGAUACUUAAAGACAUGAACCACACUGAAGCUAUGGCGAGGGCUUUGAACACAUGGGCCAAAUGGGUGGACUCCAACAUUGAUCCAAAGACUAAGAAGGUCUUCUACUUCGGACUUCCCCCAGUCCACCAAUCUGGAAAGAACUGGGGCAAGCCAGGGAAAAGUUGUGUUGGAGAGACAGAACCACUGAUGGCAAAAACGUACCCCGGAGGUCCAAUUCCGCAAGAAAGCAUGGUACGGGGCGUGUUGGGAAGUAUGUCGAAGCCAGUCUAUUUGUUGGACAUAACUUUCCUCACACAACUCAGAAAAGAUGGCCACCCGGGGCAGUACAACGGUGGCGAUUGCACUCACUGGUGUUUAGCUGGAGUUCCGGAUACAUGGAACCUAUUAUUGAAUGCUGCCCUUCUUGAAUGGAACCGAGAUGAUUCCCACAAAAAACAUGGAAUUUAGAUUAUUUUCCAUAGAAGUAACAUGAGUGACAUAAAUAAGAAGAUUGUCAUGUCGAAUGGGGGACCGAAAGUUUAAUUAUUAGGAUCAAUUACAUUGGGUUUCUCCUUUUCUUUAUUGUUCUUUGUAAUCAUCAUAGAAUACAAAACGGAGUCCAU